CGCCAGGGAGGGGCCGGCGGCGCGUUUAAAUCCUGGCGGCGGGGCGCACCGACCAAGCAGCGAGCGAGGGACUGUGUGCCGAGAGCCGGGCGCGCCGUGCCGGCAGGGAGCAGACACAGCGGAUCUUGGGUGAGUGAAUUCUACACAACUGGCCAAGCACGAUGGAUGACCACACCUCUCCUCCUCCUGGUGUCCUGGCCACCAGCAGCACUGAGCUGACCGCCAUCCCCGAGACCAUGAAGGCCAUGCUGGGAACCAGCACCCCCUCCGGGCCCCAGUCCAAAAGCAUCGCCGGGGUGUACGUGGAGGCCUCCAGCCAGGCCCACAGUCUCUACGCUGCCAUGAAGCAGGGCCUCGUGUCCGGUGAGCUGGGGCUGGCUCUGCUGGAGGCCCAGGCCGCCACUGGGGGCCUUGUGGACCCCACGCAGGGCCUCUUACUCUCUGUGUCUGAGGCUGUGCAGCAGGGCCUAGUAGGCCUGGAGCUAAAGGAAAAGCUGCUGACUGCGGAGCGGGCCGUCACUGGGUACCCCGAUCCCUAUGGUGGCGGGAAGCUGGCCCUCUUCCAGGCCAUCGGAAAGGAGGUUAUAGAUGGAGCACUGGGGUGCAGCUGGCUGGCGGCCCAGAUGGCCACUGGGGGCCUGGUGGAUCCCAUUCGGGGUGUACGAGUGGCCCCAGAGCUGGCCUGCCAGCAGGGCCUCCUGGACCAGGAGACGUGGCGUGGCCUGGCAGAGGGCAAGCCCAGCUCCGGUGCCCCUGGCUUCCUGGACCCCAACACACAAGAGUGGCUUUCCUACCGCAGGCUGCUGGGCAGAUGCGUGAGAGCCCCAAGGACAGGGCUGGCUCUGCUGCCCCUCAAGACCACUUUCCCCAGCCUGGGUGGGGCGGUGAGCUUGGCAGAGCUGCUGGAGGUGGGGGUCCUAGACGCGGAGACUGCCCGGGGCCUUCAGGAGGGCGAGCUGGCGGUGUCAGAUGUGAGUGCACGGGCCGAUGUGAAGCGCUACCUGCAGGGCACGGGCAGUGUGGCAGGGGUCGUCCUGUUGCCCUCCGGCCGCAAGAAGAGCUUCUUCCAGGCCGUCACCGAGCACCUGCUCCCGAUGGGUGCUGCGCUCCCACUGCUGGAGGCUCAGGCUGCCACCUGCACCCUGGUGGACCCAGCCACCGGGCAGCGGCUAGUGGUGGAGGAGGCCGUCAGGUCAGGCCUGCUCGGCCCAGAGCUCCACAGGCAGCUCCUGGUGGCAGAGCAGGCGGUGACCGGGUACUAUGACCCCUUCAGCAGCAUGCGAGUCCCCCUCUUCCAGGCCAUGCAGAAGGAGCUGGUGGACAGGGCUCUGGCGCUGCGACUCCUGGAUGCUCAGCUGGCCACAGGUGGGCUAGUGUGUCCAGCCCGCAGGCUCCGGCUGCCCCUGGAGGCCGCCCUGCGUUCUGGCUGCCUGGACGAAGAGACGUGGCCAUGUGUCUCUCGGGCCACCAGCUUCCUGGACCCCAGCACACAGGAGAGCCUUGGCUAUGGGCAGCUGCUGGCCCGCUGCGUCACCGACCCAGAGACAGGGCUGGCCUUCCUUCCUCUCUCAGAUGGGGCCCUCGGAGGGGAGCCACGGGGACCCCCAUUCAUUGACCACAGCACCCGGCAGGCCUUAAGUGAGGCCAUGGCCACUGUCUCCGUGGGCAAGUUCCGGGGCCGGCCCACGUCACUCUGGGAGCUGCUCUUCUCCGAGCUCGUCUCCGCGGAGCAGAGGGCAGCACUGGCCCAGCAGCACCGGGAAGGCGCCAUCUCGAUGGAGGAACUGGCGGUGGUGCUGAGGGCCACCCUUAAGCAGGCCACAGCCACCGCCAGGACCACCUUUGCCGGGCUGAGGGGGCCCGUGACGCCGGACGAGCUGUUGAAAGCAGAGAUCAUUGACCAGGACAUGUAUGCGCAGCUGGAACGAGGACAGACCACAGCCCAGGAGGUGGGCAGGCUGGCCUUGGUCCAGCGGUACUUGCAGGGCACCGGCUGCAUCGCGGGCGUGCUGCUGCCUGGCUCCCAGGAGCGGCUCAGUAUCUACGACGCCCGUGGGAGGGGGCUUCUCAGGCACGGCACAGCCCUCAUCCUCCUGGAGGCACAGGUGGCCACGGGCUUCCUCCUUAACCCAAAGGAAAACAGGAGGUACUCUGUGGAGGAGGCCCUGAGGGCCGGCCUCAUCGGGCCUGAUGUGUUUGCAAAGCUGCUGUCGGCGGAGCGCGCCGUCACCGGCUACACCGACCCCCACACCGGGGAGCAGAUCUCCCUGUUCCAGGCCAUGAAGAAGGACCUCAUCGUCCGCGAGCACGGCAUCCGCCUGCUGGAGGCCCAGAUCGCCACGGGCGGCAUCAUCGACCCGGUGCACAGCCACCGCGUGCCCGUGGACGUGGCCUACCAGCGCGGCCACUUCGACGAGGAGAUGAACCGCGUCCUGGCGGACCCGAGCGACGACACCAAGGGCUUCUUCGACCCCAACACGCACGAGAACCUCACCUACGUGCAGCUGCUGGAGCGCUGCGUGGAGGACCCCGAGACCGGGCUGCGCCUGCUGCCACUCAGCCGCUCGCGGCCCCAGCUGGUAGACGGCGCCACCCGACAGGCCUUCCAGAGCCUGCUGCUGUCUGUGAGGUACGGGCGGUUCCGGGGACAGAGGGUUUCCGCGUGGGAGCUGAUCAACUCCGAGUGCUUCAGCGAGGACCAGCGGAGGCAGGUCCUGCGGGACUACCGGCAGCACAGGCUCUCACUGCAGCAGGUGGCACGGCUACUGGACAGAGCGACGGGGAGGUGGGUGCACAUCCCGCUGCCCACGCCGCGGGGCCGAGUCACGGCCUACCAGCUCUGGGAGGACCGAAUCAUUGACCAAGAGCUCCUGGACCGGGUGCUGGAGGGGGCAGUGUGCCCCGAGGCCCUCCUCCACAUGGACGGCGUCCAGACAUCCCUGCGUGGCUCCGGUGCCGUGGGCGGCGUGCUGCUGCAGCCCUCCAGCCGGCGGCUCAGCCUCUAUGAGGCCAUGAGGCAAAAGCUGCUGGGGCCAGGCGCGGCGCUAGCCCUGCUGGAGGCUCAAGCGGCCACUGGAGCCAUUAUCGACCCCAACGGUCUGGAGACCCUCUCAGUGGAUGAGGCCGUGCGCAGGAGGCUGGUGGGGCCAGAGCUGUACGGCAGGCUGAGGCAGGCAGAGGACGCCGUCACUGGCGUCAGAGACCCCUUCUCUGGGAAGUGGGUAUCCCUGUUCCAGGCCAUGAAGAAGGGCCUUGUUCCUGUACAGCAGGCUGCCCGCCUCCUGGAUGCCCAGGUGGCCACAGGAGGAGUCAUUGACCCCAAAGGCCACCACCACCUCCCCAUGCCUGUGGCCACCCAGCGUGGCUACAUCGACCAGGAGAUGGAGAUUGCCUUGUCCAGCUCGUCCAAAACCUUCCCCACACCGGAUGGCCGGGGACACACCAGCUAUGGCCGGCUCCUGGGGCAGUGUCUGAGGGACGAGGCUUCUGGCCUUUACUUCCUGCCCCUGCCAGAGAAGGCUGCUGCUGUCCCCACUGACAAGCAGAUCCAGGAGACCCUGCAGGCCAUGGAGGGGGCUGAGGACGGCACAUCCCUCUGGGGGCUCCUGAACUCUUGCCACUUCACCGACGAACAGCGGAGGAACUUCUUGGAGGACUUCAGGGUGGGGAAGACCACCGCUCAGCAGUUGCAGGAAACGGUGAGGAAGCAGGUGCACGAGGCUGAGCUCCUGGCGCAGGCUCGUGUCACGGUGCCCGGCCCAAGAGGGGGGGUUCCUGCCGUCUGGCUGCUGCGUGCCGACAUCAUCACCCGGGAGACACUGGCGGCGCUGGCUCAGGGCGCACAGUCACCUGCUGACGUUGCUGACCAGCCCGCCGUGAAGGCCUGCCUGUGGGGUACGGGCUGUGUAGCCGGCAUGCUGUUGCGGCCAUCGGGGACCAAGGUCAGCAUCAGCCAGGCCAUGAGGGAUGGCCUCCUGCCUGAGGGACUGGGGCGAAGGCUGCUGGAGGCGCAAGUGGCGUCUGGCUCCCUCAUUGACCCUCUGACCAAUCGGAGGCUAUCUGUGGAAGGCGCGGUCAAGGCCGGCCUGGUGGCUGGGUUGCUGCUCGAGCAGCUCCAGCAAGUCGAGAGGGCCGUGGCCGGGUACCCUGACCCCUACUCAGGAGCCUCCCUCUCACUGUGGCAGGCCAUGGAGAAGGGGCUGGUGCCCCAGAGUGAGGGCCUCCCCCUCCUACAGGUGCAGUUGGCCACAGGGGGUGCAGUGGACCCUGUCCACGGGGUGCACCUGCCCGAGGCGGCAGCCUGCAGGCUUGGCCUCCUGGACGAGCAGGUCAGCCGGGUGCUAACCUCAGCAGCCAAGGACAACAAGUUCUUUUUCGACCCCGGCACACAGGACAAGGUGACAUACAACCAGCUCAAGGAGCGCUGCGUGCUGGACACGGACACCGGCCUGUGGCUGCUGCCAUGCGCCCAGGACACGGUGCUUAAGGUGGAUGAGCACCUGCUGGUGGCCCUGAGGGCCAUGAAGGUGCCUGUUGGCACUGGGAGCUUCAAAGGUUUCAGCGUGUCGCUGUGGGACCUGCUACACUCAGAGUACGUCGACAUCCACAAACGGCGGGAGCUGGUGGCACUCUGCCGGUCCGGGAGGGCCACUGCCCUGCGGCAGGUGGCCGAGGCAGUCACCGCCCUGGUCGAGGCCUCAGAGAGACAGCCCUCGCAGGCCUCCUUUAGAGGGCUCCGGAAGCUGGUGUCGGCCAGUGACUUGUUCAGGUCCCGGCUGAUUGACAAGGAGACUCUGGACGCACUGAAUCAGGGGAGAAGGACGGUGCAGGAGGUGACGGAGAGGAGCAGUGUGAGGCGGUACCUGGAGGGAGGCAACUUCAUUGCUGGGGUCCUGGUCCAGGGCACGAAGGAGAAGAUGAGCAUCUCCGAGGCCCUGAGGAGGCGCAUCCUGCGGCCCGGCACGGCCCUGGUGCUGCUGGAGGCGCAGGCGGCCACCGGCUUCGUCAUCGACCCCGUGCGCAACCAGAGGCUGUCCGUGGAGGACGCGUUUGCGGCAGGGAUGUUUGGCAGGGAAACUUACCAGAAGCUGCUGUCGGCGGAGCGCGCCGUCACCGGCUACACCGACCCCUACACCGGGGAGCAGAUCUCCCUGUUCCAGGCCAUGAAGAAGGACCUCAUCGUCCGCGAGCACGGCAUCCGCCUGCUGGAGGCCCAGAUCGCCACGGGCGGCAUCAUCGACCCGGUGCACAGCCACCGCGUGCCCGUGGACGUGGCCUACCAGCGCGGCUACUUCGACGAGGAGAUGAACCGCGUCCUGGCGGACCCGAGCGACGACACCAAGGGCUUCUUCGACCCCAACACGCACGAGAACCUCACCUACGUGCAGCUGCUGGAGCGCUGCGUGGAGGACCCCGAGACUGGGCUCUACAUGUUACAGAUCGUGAAGAAAGGAGAGACCUACGUUUAUAUUGAUGAAGCCACAAGGCAACUUCUGCAGUCCCAAACUACGAAAAUGCACGUGGGGAGGUUUGCCAAUCAGAUGGUCUCCUUCUGGGAUCUGCUGUCCUCUCAGUACUUCACAGAGGAAAGGAAACGGGAGCUUAUCCAGGAGUACAGAGCCCGGAAUCUAUCCCUAAAGCAGCUGUUGGAGAUCGUCACUGCUACAGUGGGAGAAACAGAGAAGCAAUACCAAGGCAUAAAGGUAUCAGGCAUCAGUGGAGAGGUGACAGCUACAGAGCUCUUCAACUCUGGAAUCAUUGAUAAAAGGACCCUGGAUGCCCUGCCCAGGGAGGAAUCUGGGGGGCAGGAUCUAAGCAGGCUGGCGCACGUGAGGACCUAUCUGGAAGGUAGUGGCUGCAUUGCAGGGGUGACUAUACCCUCUACCCAAGAGGCGAUGAGUUUCUACGAGGCCAGCAGGAAGGGACUCAUCCCUAUGGGGUUUGCGGCUCAGCUGCUGGAGGCCCAGGCAGCGACGGGGUUCAUGCUGGAUCCCCGCAGCCAGAAGAAGGUCCCAGUGCAUCAGGCCUUGGCUGAGGGAAUGGUGGGUGAGGAGCUGCACGCGAUGCUUCUGGAUGCUGAGAAGGCCGCCGGAGGCUACAGAGACCCAACCACGGGAGACACGAUCUCACUGUUCCAGGCCAUGCAGAGGAAGUUUGUCCAAAGAAGGGAUGCACUGAAACGGCUGGAGGUGCAGGUAGCUACAGGCGGCAUCAUCGAUCCCAUGCACCACCACAGACUCCCACUGGACGUGGCUUACACACGUGGUUGUCUGCACCGGGACACAUACCCACUCAUUGCCGACCAGAAACACAUGAAAAGAAGGUUUGUGGAUCCAAACACUCAGGAGAGGGUCACGUACCAACAGCUACAGGAAAGGAGCCAGAAAGACCCAGAGACGGGAUGGGCUCUCUUCCCGGUAGUCAGGGACCGCCAAACCUCUGCCUAUGUCAACGAGGAAACGAGGAGGGCGCUGGAGGCCGAGCAGGUGCAGGUCCCAGUGGGAAGGUACAAGGACCAGAGGCCAUCAGUGUGGGAGCUGCUCAACUCUGAGUAUGUGACCCAGGAGAUGAAACUCCAGUUGGUGAACGACUACAAAAGACACCUGGCCCAGGCAUUGGAAAGGGUAGUAAAUAUUAUUUUAGAAAUAAUACAAGAGAAGGAAAAAAGCAGGAAAAACCUAUGGUUCCCGGGUAUCCGAAAACAAAUCACCGCUUCGGAACUAUUCCAUGCAGAUAUCAUCAGCAAGGACGUGCUAGAGGACUUGGCCCAGGGCACCAAGACCCCGCAGGAGGUGACGGAGAUGGACUCGGUCAAGCGCUACCUGCAGGGCACGAGCUGCAUCGCGGGCGUGCUGGUGCCCGCCAAGGACGAGCCCGGGCGGCAGGAGAAGAUGAGCAUCUACCAGGCCAUGUGGAAGGGCGUCCUGCGGCCCGGCACGGCCCUGGUGCUGCUGGAGGCGCAGGCGGCCACCGGCUUCGUCAUCGACCCCGUGCGCAACCAGAGGCUGUCCGUGGAGGAGGCGGUGGCCGCGGGCGUGGUGGGCGGCGAGAUCCAGGAGAAGCUGCUGUCGGCGGAGCGCGCCGUCACCGGCUACACCGACCCCUACACCGGGGAGCAGAUCUCCCUGUUCCAGGCCAUGAAGAAGGACCUCAUCGUCCGCGACCACGGCAUCCGCCUGCUGGAGGCCCAGAUCGCCACGGGCGGCAUCAUCGACCCGGUGCACAGCCACCGCGUGCCCGUGGACGUGGCCUACCAGCGCGGCUACUUCGACGAGGAGAUGAACCGCGUCCUGGCGGACCCGAGCGACGACACCAAGGGCUUCUUCGACCCCAACACGCACGAGAACCUCACCUACGUGCAGCUGCUGGAGCGCUGCGUGGAGGACCCCGAGACCGGGCUCUACAUGCUGCAGCUGGCCGGCCGGGGCUCCGCCGUGCACCAGCUGAGCGAGGAGCUGCGCGGCGCCCUGCGUGAGGCCCGCGUGGCGCCGGGCCCCGGCGUCCUCCAGGGCCAGAGCGUCUCCGUCUGGGAGCUCCUGUUCUACCGCGAGGUGCCCGAGGGCCUGCGGCAGGACCUGCUGGGCAGGUACCGGGCGGGCGCGCUGACCGUGCAGGAGGUGGGCGCCGCCCUGACCUCGCAGCUGGCCCGGGCCGACGACGGGAGCCCGCGCCCGGCCCCCCCGGACCCCCGCGGGGCCCUGCGUGCCGCCACCAUGGAGGUCAAGGUGGGCCGCCUGCGGGGGCCGGGGGGGCGGCUGGCCUCCGGCUACGUGAGCGGCGCCACGCGGGAGCAGCUGCUGGCCGGCUUCGGCUCGGGGACGCUGGGCUUGCCGGCGCUGACCCGCAGGCUGACCACCAUCAUCGAGGAGGCGGAGGCGGCCGGCGGGACCGAGCGCGCGCAGGGGGGCGCCGCCCGCGGCCCGCAGGAGGCCCGGCCACUGCGGCCCGGCACGGCCCUGGUGCUGCUGGAGGCGCAGGCGGCCACCGGCUUCGUCAUCGACCCCGUGCGCAACCAGAGGCUGUCCGUGGAGGAGGCGGUGGCCGCGGGCGUGGUGGGCGGCGAGAUCCAGGAGAAGCUGCUGUCGGCGGAGCGCGCCGUCACCGGCUACACCGACCCCUACACCGGGGAGCAGAUCUCCCUGUUCCAGGCCAUGAAGAAGGACCUCAUCGUCCGCGACCACGGCAUCCGCCUGCUGGAGGCCCAGAUCGCCACGGGCGGCAUCAUCGACCCGGUGCACAGCCACCGCGUGCCCGUGGACGUGGCCUACCAGCGCGGCUACUUCGACGAGGAGAUGAACCGCGUCCUGGCGGACCCGAGCGACGACACCAAGGGCUUCUUCGACCCCAACACGCACGAGAACCUCACCUACGUGCAGCUGCUGGAGCGCUGCGUGGAGGACCCCGAGACCGGGCUCUACAUGCUGCAGCUGUUACAGAUCGUGAAGAAAGGAGAGACCUACGUUUAUAUUGAUGAAGCCACAAGGCAACUUCUGCAGUCCCAAACUACGAAAAUGCACGUGGGGAGGUUUGCCAAUCAGAUGGUCUCCUUCUGGGAUCUGCUGUCCUCUCAGUACUUCACAGAGGAAAGGAAACGGGAGCUUAUCCAGGAGUACAGAGCCCGGAAUCUAUCCCUAAAGCAGCUGUUGGAGAUCGUCACUGCUACAGUGGGAGAAACAGAGAAGCAAUACCAAGGCAUAAAGGUAUCAGGCAUCAGUGGAGAGGUGACAGCUACAGAGCUCUUCAACUCUGGAAUCAUUGAUAAAAGGACCCUGGAUGCCCUGCCCAGGGAGGAAUCUGGGGGGCAGGAUCUAAGCAGGCUGGCGCACGUGAGGACCUAUCUGGAAGGUAGUGGCUGCAUUGCAGGGGUGACUAUACCCUCUACCCAAGAGGCGAUGAGUUUCUACGAGGCCAGCAGGAAGGGACUCAUCCCUAUGGGGUUUGCGGCUCAGCUGCUGGAGGCCCAGGCAGCGACGGGGUUCAUGCUGGAUCCCCGCAGCCAGAAGAAGGUCCCAGUGCAUCAGGCCUUGGCUGAGGGAAUGGUGGGUGAGGAGCUGCACGCGAUGCUUCUGGAUGCUGAGAAGGCCGCCGGAGGCUACAGAGACCCAACCACGGGAGACACGAUCUCACUGUUCCAGGCCAUGCAGAGGAAGUUUGUCCAAAGAAGGGAUGCACUGAAACGGCUGGAGGUGCAGGUAGCUACAGGCGGCAUCAUCGAUCCCAUGCACCACCACAGACUCCCACUGGACGUGGCUUACACACGUGGUUGUCUGCACCGGGACACAUACCCACUCAUUGCCGACCAGAAACACAUGAAAAGAAGGUUUGUGGAUCCAAACACUCAGGAGAGGGUCACGUACCAACAGCUACAGGAAAGGAGCCAGAAAGACCCAGAGACGGGAUGGGCUCUCUUCCCGGUAGUCAGGGACCGCCAAACCUCUGCCUAUGUCAACGAGGAAACGAGGAGGGCGCUGGAGGCCGAGCAGGUGCAGGUCCCAGUGGGAAGGUACAAGGACCAGAGGCCAUCAGUGUGGGAGCUGCUCAACUCUGAGUAUGUGACCCAGGAGAUGAAACUCCAGUUGGUGAACGACUACAAAAGACACCUGGCCCAGGCAUUGGAAAGGGUAGUAAAUAUUAUUUUAGAAAUAAUACAAGAGAAGGAAAAAAGCAGGAAACAACUAUGGUUCCCGGGUAUCCGAAAACAAAUCACCGCUUCGGAACUAUUCCAUGCAGAUAUCAUCAGCAAGGACGUGCUAGAGGACUUGGCCCAGGGCACCAAGACCCCGCAGGAGGUGACGGAGAUGGACUCGGUCAAGCGCUACCUGCAGGGCACGAGCUGCAUCGCGGGCGUGCUGGUGCCCGCCAAGGACGAGCCCGGGCGGCAGGAGAAGAUGAGCAUCUACCAGGCCAUGUGGAAGGGCGUCCUGCGGCCCGGCACGGCCCUGGUGCUGCUGGAGGCGCAGGCGGCCACCGGCUUCGUCAUCGACCCCGUGCGCAACCAGAGGCUGUCCGUGGAGGAGGCGGUGGCCGCGGGCGUGGUGGGCGGCGAGAUCCAGGAGAAGCUGCUGUCGGCGGAGCGCGCCGUCACCGGCUACACCGACCCCUACACCGGGGAGCAGAUCUCCCUGUUCCAGGCCAUGAAGAAGGACCUCAUCGUCCGCGACCACGGCAUCCGCCUGCUGGAGGCCCAGAUCGCCACGGGCGGCAUCAUCGACCCGGUGCACAGCCACCGCGUGCCCGUGGACGUGGCCUACCAGCGCGGCUACUUCGACGAGGAGAUGAACCGCGUCCUGGCGGACCCGAGCGACGACACCAAGGGCUUCUUCGACCCCAACACGCAUGAGAACCUCACCUACGUGGAGCUCCUCCAAAGAGCUACGUUAGACCCAGAGACCGGCCUCUUACUUCUUCCUGUCCAUUGAGGUAGACUGGUCUCUCUUAUUGUUACUGUGUUUUUGUCUUAAAUUAUAGUGCACUAUUUCAGCAAUCGCGAAACAUUCCGUGUGUGUGUUUGUUUAUUAUCUGCCCCCUUUUUUAUACGUAAAUCUCGUGACAAUCCAAUAAUUUCCCUUUUCCUUCCAGUGUCACCAUGUUUCCCAAGUUGUAGAAAUAUGAGUAUGUGCUCCUCCAUGAUAUUCGUAUGUACAUGACAUGGAAUUUUUCCUUGUGAAAUUAUCAUUUGUGUGUAUCUCCGUGGUGGAUAUUGGGUGACCUCUGUUGCAAGUAGAUUUAAGAAGUCUUUCCUAUGUUUUCUGGCUUUUUGCUUAUUUCACUGUAGCGUAUACAUCUAAUUGUUUUCCUAUUUUCAUUAAAUGCAUUCCCACCCAUUUUGAAGUUA